CAACCAAUUUUUAAAGCUGUUAUAACAAAAAAAAAAGUGUUUGCUUUUUUUCACAAGUAACUUUAAAAGUGUAGCUUAGAAAGAAAAAAAAAAUAAAAAAAAAAAUCAGUAGACACAACAUUAUUCCUGGAUGCUUGUGAAUCCUAAACUAUAUUCAUACUUUAGUAUUACACAUACCUGUGUCAUAUGCACAGAUGAGCUUUAAAAUUGUCACAUACCAUUACCACUUUGCCUUUACUUUUAUGUAUCAUUCCCCUGACUUCCUUACUGCAGGUGUGGGCAAGAAAGCUUUUCCUUUAAAACUUUUCAACAAUGGGCAUAAAAUUCUGCAGCUGAGGUCUUGAAGAAUGCAGAUGGGUAUAGAGAUGAAACCAGACAAAGGGUGAAGUUCACAGACGAUCGUGUGUGCAAGAGCCACCUUCUGGAUUGCUGUCCCCAUGAUAUCCUGGCUGGAACACGAAUGGACCUGGGAGAAUGUACAAAGAUCCAUGACUUGGCUCUGCGAGCAGAUUAUGAGAUUGCAAGUAAAGAGAGAGACCUGUUUUUUGAGCUGGAUGCGAUGGAUCACCUGGAAUCCUUCAUUGCAGAGUGUGACAGGAGAACAGAACUGGCCAAGAAACGCCUGGCUGAGACACAGGAAGAGAUCAGUGCUGAAGUGUCUGCAAAGGCAGAGAAAGUACAUGAGCUGAAUGAAGAUAUUGGAAAACUCCUAGCUAAAGCUGAGCAGCUGGGAGCUGAAGGAAAUGUUGAUGAGUCUCAAAAGAUCCUGAUGGAAGUGGAGAAAGUCCGAGCGAAAAAGAAAGAGGCAGAGGAAGAAUACCGAAAUUCAAUGCCUGCAUCCAGUUUCCAGCAGCAGAAGCUGCGUGUGUGUGAAGUCUGUUCAGCAUAUCUGGGUCUCCAUGACAACGACCGGCGUCUUGCUGACCACUUCGGAGGCAAAUUACACUUGGGUUUCAUUCAGAUUCGUGAGAAACUCGAUCAGCUGAGGAAAACAGUGGCAGAAAAGCAAGAGAAGAGAAACCAGGAUCGUUUGAGACGGAGAGAGGAGAGAGAACGAGAGGAGAGGAUGGGCAGACGGUCUGGAUCAAGAAAUAGAGAUCGCCGAAGAUCACGGUCUCGGGAGCGGAGGCGGAGACGCUCCAGAUCAGCUUCCCGGGAACGGCGGAAGUCUCGCUCCCGCUCCCGGGACCGACACAGGCGCCACCGGAGCCGUUCCCGCAGCCACAGCAGAGGGCACCGCCGCGGCUCCAGAGACAGGAGCUCAAAACACAAAUCUUCUAGAGAUCGAUCUUCAAGAGAAAAGUCCCGAGACAGAGAGAGGAAAGAGAAGAGCUCUUCUGAGAGGCGGCACGAGAGCACAAAUGGCAAAUCUCGUUCCAAGAGGUCAGAAGAGAGAGAAGCUGGAGAGAUCUGAACUCAAACGAUCUGUGUUGCACUGUAAAUAGUCUGAUAAACAUUCUACACAAAGCCUAAAUUUCCCAUUUAUAUUUACUGAAUACAACUCAUCUUUUGUAGUUUGGGAUUUUUAUUGUUUGGCAGAUAGCUGUGAGUUUGUAGAGACACAGAGUUACGUACUGUUUAACAGGAUUUUGUUUUAGUAGGAAUAAAUAAAUCUGAAUGGAUGGUUUUCAGUCCAGGCCAGUGUGGACACCCCAUGUUUGUCCUGACGCAGCGAGCGCAGCGGUCGGGGCCAUGCUGUGCCUGGAGCCCUGAGCUGCCCUGACCUUUGUAACGCUUCAGCCCUUUCCAAAAGACCCCCCUGACCCUCUGUGAGCACACCAGUAGCACUGGUUCUCAAUUAUAUUUUUUCCUUCUGUUUAUAUAUGUUAAAAGAAAAUUCAGAUUUUUUUUUUUUCUUCCUUUUAGUACUUAGCCACUUCAUUUUUGUCUCCAGCACUUGAGAGUUGCCUCACUUGCCCAGCUAAGGAAAAACAGACAAAAUUUGGCCCUGUUCUAUACUGAGAGCUGUUUGUCAUUGAGGAUGACCAAAUGAGCUGAAACACAUUUCUAAGCUGGGCUCAAGUCUGGUUUUUACUACCUUUACAGUUCAGAUAGUUGGUGUGAGCAAAGCAGUGGGAAACCUGGCUGGUUUCUUCUCUAGAGAAGCACAGCCACAGCUCAUCUGCCUAUUUACUGUGCACUGCAGUCAGAGCUUCCCCGCGGGGCUUUCUGAGCUGCAGCCGAAAGCCUUGGUGUGUUUCCCGAGGCCAGUCAGGCAGAAUGUGCCGAGGGGCAGGGGUGGAUCGGGCUGGAGCCCGUGCCGGUGUGUGCCCUCCGGGGUCACCGGCCGUGUCCCCAGGCCCGCGGGGGGCUCUGCCCGUUGUCACUCGCUGAUUUGUACCUGCCUUUGUUUCCCACGAGGGCAGAAGGCGCCUGGCUGUGCCAGCCCCAGCCGCGACCCCCGGGCUCGGCAUUUUGUGGGAGCGGUGUGAGUGAAGCCCUCGUGCCCCGCCGAGGCGGGCAGGAGCCUGGCUCGUUAACUCGCUGCGGUUAAUUGCCGCCGUUAAUUGCCGUUCCCAGGGGCGGGCUCCGGCCGGCGCUCCCCCCUUCCUCAUUUCUCUCCUUUCCCCGUCCCCCCGAACGCGGCUCCGGUUCCGCCGCGGUGCUCUCCCGGUGUCAGUCCCUAGUGCAUGCCCCCCUCCCCUGUCCGUUUUUACAAUUAAUUCCGCGGUUUCACGUGUUGUUUUUGUAACCUCCGUGUGGGGCGCGGGGGGCGGCGGGCGCGCGCUCGGGGUGCCUGUACGUGCCUGUGCUGUUCUCCCGCGGUCUGAGCGCAUUAAAGAUCUGUGUUUGUGGUUC